UUUUCCUCCUUUCCCCUCGCCGCUUCCCCAACCUGCCAGCUCGGAGGGGGGCGAGCCGGGGCCCCCCUCGCCCCAGGACCCCCCAAGCAGCGCCGAGCGGGCGCUCCGCACUCGCCGUCUCCCCGCGCGUGUGUGUGGGUGCGAGCGUGGUGCCUGUCAAGGGGCCGUUUACUCUCCCCACCCUCCUCCUCCUCCCUUCUUUCCAAAUAUGCUUUUUGCAAGUUUUGAUCUCGUCUCGGCACUGGCUACCCUCGCCGCGUGCUUGGUGUCACUGACUUUGCUGCUGGCCGUGUCCCAACAGCUGUGGCAGCUCCGCUGGGCUGCCACCCGCGACAAAACCUGCAAGCUACCAAUCCCCAAAGGCUCCAUGGGAUUCCCUUUAAUCGGAGAGACCUUCCACUGGCUGCUGCAGGUUUUCUCCAAGAUUUUCAGCCACGAGGCUCUGGAGAGUUACCUCCCCAAGAUCCAGCUGGUGAUCAAGGACACGCUGCGGGCCUGGAGCAGCACGCCCGAGUCCAUCAACGUGUACCACGAGGCGCAGAAGCUGACGUUCCGCAUGGCCAUCCGCGUCCUGCUGGGCUUCCGCAUCCCGGACGAGGAGCUCGGCCGCCUCUUCGAGGUCUACCAGCAGUUCGUGGAGAACGUCUUCUCCCUGCCCGUGGACCUGCCCUUCAGCGGCUACCGGAGGGGAAUCCGGGCCCGGGAGACGCUGCAGAAGGGCCUGGAAAAAGCCAUCCAGGAGAAGCUGCAGAACACGCAGGGCAAGGACUACGCCGACGCCCUGGACAUCCUGAUAGAGAGCGGGAAGGAGCACGGCAAGGAGCUGACCAUGCAGGAGCUGAAGGACGGCACGCUGGAGCUCAUCUUCGCCGCCUACGCCACCACGGCCAGCGCCAGCACCUCCCUGAUCAUGCAGCUCCUCAAACACCCGCGGGUGCUGGAGAAGCUGCGGGAGGAGCUGCGGAGCAAAGGGAUCCUCCACAAUGGCUGCAUCUGCGAGGGCUCCCUGCGCCUGGACAACAUCAACGGCCUCCAGUACCUGGACUGCGUCAUCAAGGAGGUUCUGCGGCUCUUCACCCCCAUCUCCGGGGGGUACCGGACCGUGCUGCAGACCUUCGAGCUGGACGGUUUCCAAAUCCCCAAGGGCUGGAGCGUGAUGUACAGCAUCCGGGACACCCACGACACCGCUCCCGUCUUCAAGGACGUGGACGUCUUCGACCCCGACCGCUUCGGGCAGGGCCGGAGCGAAGACAAGGACGGCAGGUUCCACUACCUCCCCUUCGGAGGAGGCGUACGGACCUGUCUGGGGAAGCACCUGGCCAAGCUUUUCCUCAAGGCUCUGGCCAUCGAGCUGGCCAGCACCAGCCGCUUCGAGCUCGCCACCAGGACUUUCCCCAAAAUCACCCUGGUGCCCGUGGUCCACCCGGUUGACGGACUCAAGGUCAAAUUCUUCGGACUGGAUUCCAACCAGAACGAGAUCCUGACGGGCACAGACGCCAUGCUGGGGGCCACCGUGUAAAGCCCGCGCCGGUGGCACCAGGGACGGGCAGCCGGGGGAGGCAGGGGUGGGGUGGGGGCGAGGGGAUGGACAGGAGGGGAGGAGAGAGGGAUGAGGACCUUCUCCACGGCGCUCACCUCCGGAUCGGGACUGCUUUUCCAGCAGGGAAGCUGCCGGAAGCGUUUUACUCUUCCCGCGGGACGCGGAGAAGGUCGGGGUGGCGGCGUCUUGUUUCGUCGGGAAGGAGGAAGAUCCGCAAAAGCCGAGUCGAGCUGGGAUGGCCGACCAUACACAGUAUCUAAUUAUUAUAAAUAUAUAUAUAUAAAUAUCUAUAAAACACUUCUGCUGCCAGGAGGAGAAGGCCCGACUGCGGGAAAGGCUUGGGAAUCAGCCGAGGAUCUGAGGUCUGGUGUCCCGGGGCAGCUCUGGGGUGACCUCUGACCUUUUUUUUUUAACAGUGUUAAAUUAGCUGGUGAUAACAGUGUUUUUA